UUUUGCAGGCUCCCGCGCGGCUCGGUAAAAUGGCUGUAUGUAGCGGAGCCUCGUGUUGGUUGGGUUAGCUCCCUGCCUCUGCCCGGGCUCAGUAACACAACUCCCACAACAAUUUCUGUCGCUUCUUUACGCAUUGUAUGGCGCCUCCAUCAUCUUUCUAACCCAUUUACGGAGCCGGAACCGGUGGGAUGGCAGCCGGAUUCGGUCCGGAAUAAGGGGUGGGGAAUGAAUCGACACAAGGAUUAAUGGUUCUAAAGAAUUAUUUAUAUUCAAUGCUAGUUUUUGAUUGUGACUGACUCGCCGAGAGAGGGAGAGAGAGGUGGGGGGGUAUAUCAUGGCCGCUCAGGUCGCCAGCGCCGCCACUCUUAACACUAGCCCGCCUUCCGAACUCAAAAAGCCGGAUCGAGACCCUAAGGAAGAGCCUGUCCCCGGAGAGAAGCAGUCGGAUAAAAAGCAGCCGGGGCUGGACAGCGGAUCGCCGGGCCGGGUGGAUCUGCAGGACGGGGCCGACGGUGGAAAUGCAGGGGGAGGAGGGGAACCUGAGAUGAAGAACGGGAAUGGGAACCCGCCCAGGGCUAACAAUAAUACCCAGAAUGACUCUGUCGGACCGGAGGGAAAUAACCACCCGGGUUUGGUUCAUCACCACGGCCCCGCUUUUCCUCCACCUUCGUACGGAUACGGUCAGCCCUACGGUCGGGCCCCUUUUCAUCAACAUGGCGGACAACAAAGCCCUGGCAUGGCAGCUGCUGCGGGUCCGGUUGUGCAGUCGAGCAACAUGAUGGAUCCGUAUCAACCGAAUUCACACGAGCAUGGCUUUUCAAACCACCAGUUCAACAACUACAACCCGUUCCCGAACAGGACUCCCUACCCCGGCCAGGCGUACGCCAUGAACUCCCCUCGCAGUGCUCAGGCGCCGACAGCUGGGGGGCAGCCAGCUAAGCAGCAGCCGCCGCCAGGAGGACCGUCGGCGAUGGCUGGAUCUUACAGUAACCAGAGAUAUAACAUUGGAAAUCCUCAACCAACGUCCACACCGACCCUCAACAAGCUUCUAACGUCUCCCAGCUCAACGCGGGGUUAUCCAAACUACCCGUCAAGCGAUUACAGUAGCCAAGAGGGAGCUAGUAAGGGACCAGCAGAUAUGGGAAGUAGCGGUCAGUACGGAGGGAGCAAUCCGGGUUGGCAACAAAGAAGCCAUCACCCGUCGCCCAUGAGCCCCGGGAGUGCUGGGCAGCCGCUAGCUAGAAACCAGCCACCUGGUCCCAUGGAUCCAAUGGCAAAAAUGAGAGGUCAGCCAUAUGGGGCAGGUAGUCCAUACAGUCAACAGUCUCAGCAGGGGCCUCCUACUGGUCCUCAACCGGGGCCAGGGUACCCUGGCCAGGGUUAUGGCCCUCCGGGUCCCCAGCGAUACCCAGUUGGAAUGCCAGGACGUACCCCAGGAGGCAUGGGUGCCAUGCCUUAUGGGCCACAGAUGGGCUCUUAUGGGCAGCAGGGACCAGGAGGUUAUGGCUCACAGGGCCAGACACCGUAUUACAACCAACCAGGCCAAACUCCUCACCCAAGUCAGCAGCAAACUCCUUAUUCCCAGCCCACACCCGGACAACCCAGCGGGCAGUCACCUUAUCCGGGACAGCCUCACCCUCCAAGUUCUGCUCCACACACCCAGGGAGGGCCGCCCUAUCAGCAGCCUCACAUGCCCCCGCAGUCCCAGGGGCCACUGCCCGGCCCAUCACAAGGGCCCCCACAGUCUCAGCCACCUUAUUCUCAAGCGCCAGCCUCCCAGUCUGGCCAGUCUCCCUACGCCCAGCAGCAGGGACCUCCCAAUCAGACCUCGCAGCAGCCAAGUUCCCAGACCACCCCCGGAUCACAAGGCCAAUCGCCCUACCCCGGACCCACGCAGGGCCCGCAGCAACCGCCGGCGCAGCAGCAGGCCCAGUCUCAUCCCCAGCAGCCACAGGGGCACGGCCCACACCCGCAGGGGCAGCCAGGAGCAUACCAGCAGAAUGCUCAGCAGCAGCAAGCACAGCAGUCACCUUAUCAGCGCUUUCCUCCCCCCCAGCAGCAGCCUGUGGCUUCUUGUUUUUAAGGAUGUUUCCCAGGACUCCUUUCAGUCCAGCGCGCCUCCAUCCACCCAAACUAAAUCUGGCCAAGAGGACAGUCAAGGCCGCCCCUCUAGCCUUCCGGAUCUAUCGGGGUCUAUCGACGACCUGCCUACAGGUACAGAGGGGGCCCUGAGUCCUGGCGUGAGUACGUCGGGUGUGUCCAGCAGCCAAGGCGAGCAGAGUAACCCAGCUCAGUCGCCCUUUUCUCCACAUACGUCUCCCCAUCUGCCUGGCAUUCGAGGGCCCUCGCCCUCUCCAGCCGGCUCCCCCGCCAGCGCCAGCACACCCCGUACUGGGCCACUGUCCCCCGCAAACAUGCCAGGAACCCAGAUGCCUCCCAGGCCAUCCAGUGUGCAGUCAGAUGGGAGCCUGCAUCCUGCAAUGAGCCAGUCACCUAUGGCCCAGGACAGAGGGUUCAUGCAGAGAAACCCUCAGAUGCCUCCCUAUGGCUCCCCUCAGUCAGCCUCAGCUCUGUCACCUCGCCAGUCCUCUGGGGGACAGAUGCAUCCUGGGAUGGCCCCGUACCAGCAGAACAAUUCCAUGGGAGGCUAUGGGCAGCAGGGAGGACAAUACGGGCCUCAAGGUUAUCCCCGACAACCUGGCUAUGGCAACAUGUCCAACACGAACUACCCUGGGUCGGGAAUGGGCUCCAUGAACCCCAUGGCUGGACAGGGUGGAGGGCCGCCAUAUGCUGGCAUACCUCCAGGAAGAAUGCCGCCUAACCAGAUGGGGACUCGUCCCUAUGGCCCUAGCAUGGCUCCCAACAUGGGCCCCAGCAUGGGUCCAAACAUGCCCCCUAACAUGGGCAACAUGCCACCCCAGGUAGGCUCAGGAAUGUGUCCCCCUCCGGGAAUGAACAGAAAGCCACAGGAUCCAACAGCCAUGCACCACCCCACCUCCAAUUCCAUGCACAACAGAAUGCCUGGUUAUCCUAACAUGUCUCAAAGCAUGAUGGGUUCGGGUCCACCGUAUGGCCCACCGAUGAAUAACAUGCCUGGAAUGAUGAAUACUCCGGGUGGAUCACCUUAUCCCAUGGGGCCAAACAUGGCCAAUAACUCAAGUGGUAUGGCUCCCAGUCCAGAGAUGAAUAAUAAGAUGAACAAUAAAGUAGAUGGAAGUGGAACACCCAAACCAGAGUCCAAAUCUAAGAAGUCCAACUCUUCCACGACAACCAGUGAAAACAUCACACGCUUGUAUGAGCUUGGACCAGAGCCGGAGAGGAAGAUAUGGGUGGACCGGUACUUGGCUUUCAUUGAAGAGAAAGCGAUGGGUAUGACCAACCUGCCGGCUGUAGGACGCAAACCCCUUGACCUCUUCCGGCUCUAUAUGUCGGUUAAAGAGAUUGGAGGAAUGACGCAGGUAAACAAGAGUAAGAAAUGGCGGGAUCUUGCCACUGCCUUAAACGUGGGUACAUCCAGCAGUGCAGCCAGCUCUCUGAAAAAGCAGUACAUCCAGUGUUUGUACGCCUUUGAGUGCAAAAUCGAGCGCGGUGAAGACCCUCCUCCUGAGAUCUUUUCUGACAACAAAAAGAACCAAGCUGCUAAGGUCCAGCCUCCAUCUCCAGCGUCCCUCUGCUCCACAGCUGGGUCAGGCUCUCUGCAGGGCCCUCAGACACCCCAGUCCACUAGCAGCUCCAUGGCUGAGGGGGGAGACCUAAAACCUCCCACACCAGCCUCUACUCCUCACACCCAGAUGCCCCCUAUGCCACCCGGGUCAAGGAGCAGCGUUAACCUGCAAGACCCCUUCUCUGAUGGUAGUGACCCGACUUUCCCCAGGAAGAACAUGACUCCCAACUCCACCUAUCAGCCCGGCAUGAACACACAAGACAUGCAAGGUAGAAUGGGACCCUAUGAGCCCAACAAGGACCCCUUUGGUAACAUGCGGAAAGUCGGGGAGCAGUUCCUGCCUGCUAACCAGGGCCCCAACAGCGUAGUGGGUGACCAGCAGCAGCAGCAGCCACCACAACAGCCCCCAUUCAAUAGGGGACCGCCUGGGGCCAUGGGCACCAUGCCAAUGGGGCCCCGACAGCAGUAUCCUUAUGGACCAGGCUAUGACAGGAGGGCUGAGCAAGGACUGGGUCCAGAGGGAAACAUGGGAUCCGCUGCUCCCCAGCCAAACCCUAUGAUGCCUGCCAAUGCCGACACGGGGAUGUAUUCGCCAAAUCGCUUCCCACCACAGCAGCCACGGCAUGAUUCCUAUGGUAAUCAGUAUCCUGGACAGGGAACGCCCCCUACUGGUUCUUACCCAAAUCAGCAGCCUGGAAUGUACCCACAGCCGGGUUAUAAGCGUCCCGUAGAAGGAGGUUACCCGCCAUCUAAACGUCAUGAGGCAGAGUACACCGGCUCUUUUCCUGUUGGCCAGCAAACACCGCAGCAGCAACAGCCAGGAGGCACCCCUGCACCGUCCUCAGGGCAGCAGGAGUCCUACAAUCAGUACGGGGGCAGCGGGCCUUACCCCGGGCCUGACCGCCGCCCGCCGGGCCCCGGCAAUCAGUUCCCAUUUGGCUUUGGACGGGAGCGGAUGCAGGGAGCCACAGGGCCCAACCCCCAGCCCAACAUGCCUCCUCAGAUGAUGCAGUCGGGUCCUGACGGUCCACAGGGAGGCAUGUGGCAGGGACCUCGAGAUAUCAACUAUCAGAACUACCCUAACCGACAGGGUGGCCCUGGGGGCCCGCCACAGGGGCCUGGCUAUCCCGGCAUGAACCGAUCGGAGGAUAUGAUGUCAUCAGAACAGCGUAUGAAUCACGACGGUCAGUGGGGGGGGCAGAUGGGCCCUCGGCAGCCUCCCUAUGGUCCAGCUGGGCCUGGCCAACCCAUGCCUCGUUCAGUGCAGUCCAACUAUCAGCCCCCUCAGGGAGUGCAGAACCACAUUCCACAAGUGUCCAGCCCAGCUUCCAUGCCCCGGCCCAUGGAGAGCCGGACAUCUCCCAGCAAGUCCCCCUAUAUGCACGGAGUAAUGAAGAUGCAGAAGGCUGGCCCGCCAGUGCCUGCGUCCCAUAUUGUGCCCCCUCCGGUGCAGUCGCCUCUAAUAAGGCGAGACAUGCCUUUUCCCCCGGGCUCAGUGGAAGCAUCACAUCCUGUGCUGAAACCAAGACGGAGACUCACCAUGAAAGAUAUCGGAACCCCAGAAGCCUGGAGAGUCAUGAUGUCGUUAAAAUCUGGUUUAUUGGCUGAAAGUACAUGGGCUUUAGAUACCAUCAAUAUUCUCCUGUAUGAUGACAACAGUAUUUCUACCUUUGAUCUCAACACGUUGCCUGGCUUUCUGGAGCUGGUGGUUGAGUAUUUCAGACGAUGCCUAAUUGACAUCUUUGGCAUUCUGCGGGAGUACGAAGUUGGGGACCCUGGCCAGAGGACGCUGCUUGAUCCUGAUGCUUUGAAAAGAGAUUCGGACAACGUGGAAGAGGAGGAACGUCGGGUUGAGGAUAUGGAGCAAGACGAAGAGGAGGAUGGUGAGGAGGAGCGAGUAACAGAGGGGCCAGCUCGCGUGAAAGAGGAGGAAGAGCAAGAGCAGUGCUCUCGAGGUCAAGACGAGAAGGCCGACGAGGAGAGGAAAACCAAGAGUUCUUUGUUUGAGCAGACUGGCUCGUCGCAGUCCCUACCUGCCCAUGAGAGACCCAAACAGGCCAGCAAGUUCGACAAGUUUCCUCUGAGGGUGGUACGAAAGAAGGACCCGUUUGUCGCUGCCCAGACAAAUAACCACAGCAAAGUGCAGGAGUUUGACAGUGGCUUGCUUCACUGGAGUGCUGGAGGAGGCGACUCAACAGAGCACAUCCUGACCCACUUUGAGCCAUGCAAGGACUUUUUGGAACCACGAGAGCGAAUACCCGUGCCCCAAGUUUUACUGAAGCGCCGAGUCCUUGAAGAAGACAUACGGGAACAUUUUUUGCCCACUGAGGAGGAAAAGCAGAAAAAUCAAGACGAGGAAGAAAGCCAGAAACAGGCAUCCUUGACGGAGAAAUCAGCCGCCUCAGAGAAGGCAGACUCUGCCGUCAGCAGUGAGGACGAGAGGAAGAUGGACGCUGCCGCUAAGGUGGUUGAGAAAGCUUCUAAAAGUCACCAGGAAAAUAAUGGACCCAUUCUUCCCCUGGGAAGUAUUUUGACCCAAAAGGCACAGCAGAUGGGCACCGUCCUCGAGGAUGAGCCUCACAGUAAAGACGAAGGGCCCCUCAUUGCACUCGCCGACUGGCAGGAUUCAUUAGCGCGCCGCUGCGUCUGCGUCUCCAACGUCGUCCGCAGCCUCUCCUUUGUACCGGGCAAUGACCACGAGAUGUCCAAACAUCCAGGGCUGCUGCUUUUACUCGGCCGUCUGAUCCUCCUGCACCACCGGCAUCCCGAGCGCAAACAGGCGCCACUCACCUACGAGAAAGACGAGGAUUCAGACGAGGGAAUGGGCCAAAGGGACGAGUGGUGGUGGGACUGCUUGGAGCUCCUGAGGGAGAACACGUUGGUCACCUUGGCAAACAUUUCAGGCCAACUGGACCUCUCCAUCUACCCUGAGAGUAUCUGCUUGCCCUUGCUGGACGGUCUUCUUCAUUGGGCUGUCUGCCCCUCAGCAGAGGCCCAGGACCCCUUCCCCACCCUUGGCCCCCAUAGUGCUUUGUCACCUCAGAGACUGGUUCUAGAAACGCUAAGCAAACUAAGCAUCCAAGAUAACAAUGUGGACCUCAUCUUGGCCACUCCGCCAUUCAGUCGGUUGGAGAAACUGUACGGGAACCUGGUGCGGUUGAUUGGAGACAGGAAGGUUGCCGUCUGCAGGGAGAUGGCCGUGGUCUUACUGGCCAACCUGGCCCAGGGCGACACCAUGGCGGCCCGGGCAGUCGCUGUCCAGAAGGGCAGCGUGGGCAAUUUGCUGGGUUUCUUGGAGGACAGUCUUGCUGCCACACAGCUUCAACAGAGCCAGGGCUCCCUGCUGCACCUACAGGGGAUGCACUUUGAGCCCACAAGCCCGGACAUGAUGCGGCGAGCCGCCCGGGCUCUGCACGCCUUAGCAAAGGUGGAGGAGAACCACUCAGAGUUCACACUACACGAGUCCCGACUCCUCGACCUUUCAGUGUCUCCCCUAAUGAACUCGCUGGUUUCUCAUGUUAUCUGUGACGUACUCUUUUUGAUCGGCCAGUCAUGACGGCUGUAGAGAGCUGUGACUCCACUUUUUCGGGGGGUUUUUAUCCACGAUCCGCUCCUCCCUGGUAAACCUGGCUUGUGUGUGUAUAAAGCAGGGCAAGGAAAGUUCAAGUGACUGUCUUUUAAUUUAUGAAAAAUCCUUCAGAUUACAUUGUCAGCCCUCCACAGGCCAGCGUUGCUUGAGGAGGGUCACUGCAGAGCUAUGGUGGAUUGCAAACCAGAGAGAUGCCGACAAAGUGACACUACUUGCAACGUGAACGCCAACUGGAUGACACAGAGCAGAGCACCACGGUCGGGAGACUGUUCUGCACUUGGGGUGGGAAAGUACUUUUUAAUAAAGAUAAAUAAAUGAAUAAAUAAAUAGCUGAAAAACAAAAACUGUAACCAAAGUUGCUGUCUCGUUUACAGUGAGUUUGGGAGACGCAGUGUGCCCUAGCUCUCCCCACGAGGGCACAGUGAGUCUGUAACUGGUUGAUGUUCAGAGGUGAAUCAGACUGACAAGUGACCUGCUGGUUAUAGUUGUUGUAGUUGGAUCCUCACCAGUCAGCCCGACAGUAGACAGCGCUGUCAAUAAACACCUUCACCGGGGAGGCCUGUGCAGUGUGCAGUAGAUUGUAGGACAUUUUCUGUACCGUACUGCUCUUGAGUGUAAGCAUUCUGUACCACACGUUUCACACAGAGGCUGAUGAUGCCACUCUAGAGGUAUGAGGUCAUUUUAGUUUGGUCCUGAACAGAAAAUGGCUUUCUUCCCCAAAGUAUCGAGAACCUACAACACCCUUACCUCCUCUUAUCCCUUGAUUGUAUGAAUACCCGUAUGAAAAGAAAUCACCUCUUAGGACUGGUUUUCAACUUCAAAUACAGCUUUGCUGUGGUGUAUAUAUAAUGUUGUACAUUAUACUUCCUUUCUUUGUGUCUGUCUCUGUCUGUGUCACUUUUCUCACACUUGUUAUUGGGGCGGGACGGAGGUCGACGUGAGUUUGGUCCGUGACCUCCAGUCCUCAACGAUUGCACCCACUCCCGGUUUCUCCACAGCUCCGUAGUAUGACAGACACGGCUCCAACUUGUUAUUUCCUGGUACAACAAGAAUAAACUAGAUGAAGUACACAUUUGACAAAUUUUCUCUGGUCAUGGAUUCUGCAUAUUUGUAUUUCAGACUAUGUAGCUAAGACAUCAUGUAAAUUCCUCCCUUUCCCUUUUUUUGGCUCAAGGAAUAUCAUUUAUUCAGUAUGAAAUCUUUAUACUAUAUGUUCCACGUGGUAAGAAUAAAUGUACAUCAAAUCUU